CAGAGGACCUGUGAGCUAGGAGGAAGGGUUAAGAAUUGCACAGAAUUGUGGUUCAAAGUUAAGUUUGACUUCAUUUUCUACAACACGAUGGAUUCAACGUCAACAGAAGACUGCAGCUCUCCGGUUGUCAGUGACCUGAGGAUUGUCCUGCUGGGGAAGACUGGAUCAGGAAAGAGUGCAACAGGGAACACCAUCCUGGGACGAGAAGCCUUCACCUCAGAGAUGUCUCCUUCUUCUGUGACGCAGAAGUGUAAAAAACAAAUCAACUACAUUGAUGAAAGAAAUGUGAGCGUGGUCGACACCCCGGGAGUCUUUGGCAAUGCGAUUACCGAAGACCGCUUGAAAAGGGAAAUGGAGGAAAGCGUCAAGCUGUCGUACCCCGGAAUACAUAUAUUCCUGCUGGUGAUCCGACUGGAUGCACACUUUACUGAAGAGGAGAAGAAGGCUGUCAUGUGGUUUAAAGACAACUUCGGUGAGGAAUUCUCCAAUUACACGAUGGUGCUCUUCACUCGGGGAGACACGCUCACGGAGAAGUCCAUUUGCGAGUAUUUAGGCGAAGCUCCUGAUCUCAAGGAGUUAAUCAGUGUCUAUAAAGAAAGGUACACAGUGUUUGACAACACAUGCAUGGGAAAUCGCACUCAGGUGGCUCAUCUGUUUGAAAAGAUAGACAAGAUAGUGCACUUAAAUGGUAACUAUUAUACCAGAAGCAUGUACGAAGAGGCCCCGAGAAAGAAGAAUUCAAAGGACAUUGUGGACCGCUUUUGGGCGGAGGUGGGGGUACUGGGCGAUUGAACAUCUCUCUUGUUCUGCCUGUUUUGUGAUAUACAUGCCUAAAAGGUGCCUAAUAUUUCUAGACUGAAAUAAUAUCGGCAUUAUAAUUAUUAUAACUGAGGAUUUUUUUAGUUGCCUAAUUUUUGGUGCCCCCUCAGGACUUACGCACAGCGCGUAGUGCGCGUUUUGGGAGUGGCGGCGCUGAGCAGGGGUUAUUCAGGUAAUCGGGUGGUGGAUACAACCUAAAACAGACAGUUGAGUCAAGCCAAGAUCCUUUAAGAAUACCAAUGAGGUCAUUCCAUUCAUUGCCUUCUUUGAGGCAGUAACUUCAAAUCGGACUUUUUUAUUGCCAAAGUUGCAUUGUAUUGCUUCAUAAAUAAUGUACAUGCAUAUUAACUAAUCACUGCUUUAAACUGUAAAUUAACCUUUUAUGACCAACCGUAUAAUGUCGAUGCUGUACAUUCAUAUCCUGGAUCUCAUACUGUGUGAAGAACACUAUUGUAAUCAUUCUGUUUAAAAGAUUGGAAUAAAAUUAAAAAUGUGAUAAAAGCUUCAAAACGU